AUGCGCACAACUAUUCCCUCAGGUUGGGGUAGGGCUGCAGCGGCAGUGAUUUCACUAGUGCCUGUGGAAAGCGUUUGCCGCUCUUUCCUGUCCCAGGCCGCGUCCGCACGCGCGCGCCGUCCCUGUCGCAGGCCGCGUCCGCACGCGCGGGGCGCGCGCGCCGUCCCUGUCUCAGGCCGCGUCCGCACUCGCGGGGCGCGCGCGCCGACCCUGUCACAGGCCGCGUCCGCACUCGCGGGGCGCGCGCGCGCCGACCCUGUCAGAGGCCGCGUCCGCACGCGCGGGGCGCGCGCGCGCCGUCCCUGUCACAGGCGGCGUCCGCACUCGCGGGCCGCGCGCGCCGACCCUGUCACAGGCCGCGUCCGCACUCGCGGGGCGCGCGCGCCGACCCUGUCACAGGCCGCGUCCACACUCGCGGGGCGCGCGCGCGCCGUCCCUGUCACAGGCGGCGUCCCUGUCUCAGGCCGCGUCCUCACUCGCGGGGCGCGCGCGCCGACCCUGUCACAGGCCGCGUCCGCACUCGCGGGGCGCGCGCGCCGACCCUGUCUCAGGCCGCGUCCGCACGUCAAACGCGACAGCGCUGGAGCUGCGGUGCUUCCAUGUAGACGCUCGCAACAGCCGUCGGUGGGGUUCUCCCCUCGCCGUAGGAAAUCCACCUUCCUGGUGCCCGGGCAGCGCUACAAAUUUAGAUGCCGGCAAACACACCUUAGCCGCCGCUCUCUGGCGUGAGCAGCUGCCCCUGCUGGCUGCAUGCUCCCGCUGUUCUCUGGAGUACACAGGCGAUAUUGGAUCCCCUGGGCCCGUGGGGAGACAAGGCUGUGUAGACAAAGCUUCGGGCCAUCCCUAGGAAAGUCAGCAUUUCCAAGCAAAGGACCUUAGAGACCAGGAACUGGCUCGUUGUUCCUGAGGAAUUUCUCAGUCUCAGCUCUUCUGGUUUCAUUGCUCCAGGCCUUUUUCUGUCAUCUGCUCUUUUGCCUCCCCAAGAGAGUGUUCUUUUCACUCAUUUAACCCAGCUCCCAAGUCACUGAUUGAGCCAGAUUCCCUGACACUUUCUUCCCCAGUGGGGCAUUGCUACUCUCACUACACUUUCUUCAAUAAUUUCCUGUGCUCUCCAACUGACCCAUAAUCCACUGCCCCAACUGAUCAAUAACCAUCACCCUCACCUGCACUAUAAUCAACUGCCCACUCCCAACUGUCACCCCUGCUACACAGCAGCUGCUUACCCAGCCUCAAAUGCCCACCCUUAAGCUCCCGAGUCCCAACUGUCAUUCCCAACUGCUUGAUCCCAAUUGUCACAUCUAGCUGCCACAGAAAUGGCUGGAAUCUCAUAUUCUGCACCUUCUCUUGUUCAUUACAUACAGCCUAAAGUUUACUGCUUCAAAUAGCUUACACAAAGGAUAAGAAGAUCUUGUGUGAAGGCACAAGAGUGCAAUUCAUGGGAGCUUUUCCCACUCUUUCCGCUGAUCUGCUGCAUGGACCAUGGACCACCAGUUUUCUGUGUCUUAAUUUCUACAUCUAAAAUGGUGAUGAUAAUAAAUACCUACCUCCCAAGAA